AUGUAGCUCACAUCGAGCACGCAGAACUUCGCUCGGCACAUCGGACACGUGCACUUCUGUUCCAGCCAAAUGGCACGAUCGACGUCCGUUUGGCGGGCGGCAAACCACCGGGCUAGGCACUCCACACACCACAUUGGGCGACAGUAGCAGUUGGAGCAGGAGGCCUCGUUCGUCAGGGGAGCGCCAUUGCGGUCCACAUCGGCGCAUUGCUUGUUGAUUUUAAUGUUUGGAUCGAUCAGCAUGCAUGCGAAGCAUUUUUCCGUUGAGGGCUCCGCUGGGAAGACGGGAUUGAGGGCGACUUGGGCCUUAAACACAUCUACAAAGCGGUCGAUCACGUUGCGAUGGAACUGUAUGUUGGAAGGUAUGGCAAUGGGUCGCCUCAGUCGAUCCUCCAAAUUUCUGAAUUCCAAUGCAUUGAUUCGGAUGUGAAAAUCGGCCACGCCUUGCCGCAUGGGCCGCACUAUGAUGCUGAUCAUCUGCAGAGUGUCAUUCUGAUCCUGAUGUGUUAUAUUGUAGGUCUCCGCCUGUAUGGAGAGAAGAUUAAUAAGCGAUCGAGGGAAAAAUCAUCUAUAGCUGGAGCUAUAGCUAUAGACCUAUAGCUGGCAAUACCUUUGCCACACUGAGAGCCGUAUUGGUUUGGUGCGCAAAGUGAACAUUGUACAUGGUUGUCUUGAUUAUCCAGUUCUCCGUUGCUAUCACAGUGCUGAUGGAGUUAAGUUUCUUUUUAUAAAUUUCCGGACGACGGAACUCGGUGCUAAUGUCGCUGGCGACGGCACUAUAGGUACUCGGCGUGUUUGAGUAUUUGGAGAGGGCUUUGUUUAUUGGAUGCCGCCGCCAAUUCUGCUGGUGCCAGUUAAAUAUCAGGGAGGGAACUGCUAGCACGGCAAGAACGCUAAAACGCUGUGCCGUCUUCCACGUGAGCGUCUUGAACGCCACUGCUUCCUGGGGCAUUGGAAAAUCUGGGUCAAGCUCAGAGUGUUCGAGCGGCUCUUGCGUGGCAAAAACGGAGAACUUCAGCCUAUGGAUUAGAAAGUAUGCAAACGGCAGGCACGAGUGCACAAAGAGAUUGAGCGAAGUGCGUCGCAGAUGAUAUCCUACGAAGUCCAUCGAUUCUUGCCCAAGAAACCGCGAGAACAACUGCUCGAUGGUGAAGCCAAGCCGCUGAAAUUCCUCCGGUGGAUAAAUUAUGACCAUGCAUAGCAAAAAGUAGAACAGAUUAAAGAGCAGUUCCGAUUCGUCCAUGUUUCGAAUAAUAUUGCUGGAUUCAACACAACCAGACUCGCCCGGACUAACUCAAAAUAUUAAAUUUUAAAACUUGAUUGGAAAGACAAUAAUAGAUUUAUUGUAAAUUUGCUGAAAAUUUGUAAAUAAAUAAAAAAAUACCGUCUGACACUCAGAAAUAUACCGCAACAUACCAAAUUGAUGAAUAUACUAUAUAAUAUACCGAUAUAUAUACCGUCAAUCAUGAAUGAUUUACUGAAGAGAAAUUAAACCAAAAAUGGAUCCUGCAGAAGAUUGGAAAUCUCUAUAAUUCGUGUUUAUCAGUGUUCAAUCAGUGGUCAAAGUAAUUAAAGCACUUAAACUCUAUCAUGCGUAAAUGGAUAUAGCAUAAAAUAACACGUUGGUGUCAUUCAAAUGGUAUUUUUCCAUCAAGACCAGGAACGAUGCGGUGCCAGCUGAUGAUCUGUGCGGCCAUCGGAUUAUUCCUAGCAUUCAACAUCAAUGUUAACGAUGCCGUCAUCUUCAAGUUUACGAACGCCGUGUGUGAAAGUUACAAUCAGUCCUGGUUCGUGUUCCACUACUGUCGUCUGAAGGCCGUCAGUCGAAGCAAAGUGCUCUUCAAUAUGAAUGGGACGAUUUUACAUCCGGCCAAUAAUAUAAAAAUUCAUAUGCGGGUUUUUAAAAAGGCUAAUGGCUAUAAGCCUUGGCUUUUCGAUGUUACAUGCGAUGCCUGUAUGCAUUUGCGAAGGCGAAAUACCCCCCUCCUGUCGAUAGUCUACGGGCUCUUCAAACAGUAUACCAACAUCAAUCACACAUGCCCCUAUGUGGGUCCACAGAUUAUUUCAGAUUUUUAUCUAAAACCCGAGCUACUGCGUCUUCCCAUGCCAACGGGAGAUUAUAUGUUGUCGAUGCAGUGGAUCUUCGAUAAUAAGCUACAGUUUGAUACGAACAUCAGUUUUACGUUCAUAGAGGACCUCCUGAAGAGCAAAUAGUGGAGGCCUGCAGCCUGCAGACCCCUGAGAAUCUACAGAAAAUUGACAUAGAACAGUAGAAAAUUUUAAAUGAAAGCAAUUAUUGUACAG